GGGCAAUAAAAUGCUCUAGCCGGCCACCCCAGGCCAUCGACCAUAAGAAUUGGUAAUGCCGGCGUUCCACGUAGCCUGGCGCGCAGCCAGGUCGCUAGCUAGUCGCCGGCAUGACGCUAAUAGUUUAAUUACAAUCGGCCGUCGGCGCUCGCAUCUGCAGCUGUGCAGUCACACGUCGGCAGCCGCGCCCGGCUCGGCGACGGCGGCACCCGCCACUGACGCCAGCGAAGCGGCCAGCAACGCGGCGUGGGGCGAGCAAGCUUUCAGUGCCCUCCAGAAGAAGGCCACCAGUAGGCUCCACCGCUUUUACGUGCCCCAGCCGCUGGGCCCCACGCCGGAGCCCGCCACGCUGGAGGCGCUCCUGGGCGUCGCUCCAUCAACCACAUCAACCUCAGCGGCAAGCACCAGCACCCGUAGCGGCAGUAGCGGCAGUAGCAGCAGUGGCGGCGGUAGCGGUUCGCAAGCCGCAGGCCCUGCCGCCGACGCGGCCCCGGGGAAACGGCGGAAGGCUGGCAGCAGCACAGCCGCCGCUGCCGCAGCGUCAGCGACUGCGGACGCUGCGACGGCUGCGUGGGCUGGGAGCGUCGCGGCGGGCGUGCCGGCGACGCUAGUUCUGGAGGGCGAGGAGGCGCGGCAUGCGGCGCGGGCGUUGCGGCUGGCGGCUGGCGACCGCGUGGAGUUGUGUGACGGGCGCGGCAAUGUGGCUGUGGGCGUGGUGACCGGCACCGACAAGCAGCGCGUGUGGGUCAGCACCGAGGGCGCGGCGUCGCACCAGCGCUGGUCGGGGCCGCGCUGGGUGCUGGCGGUUGCCUGCACCACACUCAAGGGCGGGCGGGCGGAGUGGCUGGUGGAGAAAGCCACGGAGCUGGGUGCGUUCAUGCUGGUGCCGCUGGUCACGGAGAGGUCGCAGGCGGGCGGCAAGGCCAAGUUCCGCACCUCACGAAGCGGCGGCGGCGGCGGCGGCGGCGGCUCGGACUUGGACUGGGGCUCGGACGGCGGCGGCGGUGAUGACUACCAGCCCGGCCGCUUGGAACGAGUGGCCAUAGCCGCCACCAAGCAGAGCCUGAGGCCACACGCGCUCGCGCUCGUGCCGCCCACCCCGCUCGCCGACUUGUUGCCGCUGGUGCGGAGGGCGGCGGCUGGGGAGGGAGGCGAAGCGGCGGCGGCAUCUCGGGCUGCAGGAGGUGCAGGUGGUGGAGGAGAAGGCAGUGUUGUUGGAGGUGUGACUCAGCCUGGGUUUAGUCUGGUGGCUGUGGCGGGUGCGCCGCCGCUCAUGUCAGUGCUGCAGCAACUGCGCAGCGGCAGCGGUGUCGGCGCCAGCACCGACCCCGGCGGCUGUGCAGACAGCAACCCCGUUGCGGAGGCGCCGCCGUCGGCUUCGAGUCCCGCAGGACAAGGAGGAGCGGCAGCGGCGGCAUCAGCAGCAGCAGCAGCAGCAGCAGCUGCUGCUGCUGUGGCCUCGAAUUCGCCGGUGCGGGUUUUGUUCGUGGGGCCUGAGGGUGACUUCACGCCCGCGGAGCUGGCGGCCCUGGUGGAGGCCGGGGCACAGCCCGUGGGCUUGGGGGUGAACAGGCUAAGAACAGAGACGGCCGCGAUUGGCUUGCUAUCGGCCUGCCUUUUCAGCGAUUGACACGUGGCUUGGGAGCUGGAACACGGCCUUGGGCGGGUGGCAUGGGCUUGGGCAGGUUGCAUGGACGUGUGCUGGACCGAGCUGGCGAAGGCGCCGUUAGGAUGGAGACUGUGCGAUUAGAACUGAGUAGAUAGGGCUUCCGUGAAGACGCGUGCCGCAUGGCGUGUACGUGUACUGGCGGCGACUAUCGGCACCGGUUAGUGCUUUUAGGGGGGGCACAUCGGGAAUGUGGGAAAUGCGAGGGAGGGGGCAUGAGAAGGGUGCCCCCGAAUGCGUUGUCGUCCAGGAAUGGGCGCGCGUGCAUGGUGGACUCCGGAGAGUCCGAGGUCGCGCUCCGGUGCGAAAGUCAGGGACUCGACAUACAGCUAACGUACGUAUAGGACAACAGAACUCGACCUCAAAGCGUGCUGUCGAGGUAGCGCCAGUAA